AUGGAAGUCGGGACGCGUGAAAUGAAGCCUGGUCCGAGAUCCUUACUUGAUGUCAGGAUCUUGGAACAGCCUCCAUUCCAGACGACCCCCUUCCUUGUUUCAGUUAAUCCAGACAAUGUCUACCUUCACCUUGAAUUCCUUAAUGGGAUAAUUCCAAAUCGGAACAAUUCAAACAGGAGAGGGUCUGGCUUAGAAGAAAUUGACGGGCGGGAAAGGGAAGGUGGGGUGCUGGAGGCCGCCCAAGGAGGCGUGUUCUUAUCUCCAUCUGACACCUGUCCUUUUCGAGGGGGCACCAUAGCUAUAGGGGAUGAAGGCAAAAACGAACUCAAUGGGAGUUUCCCGCCAAAAGUGCCACCUAUAGAAGAAGAGUCGCCAAGAUUAUUCUUUCUCGUGAGCUUGGCCUCUGUUCUGCUCUGUUCCACCUGUAUAUCACGAAGUGAGGCCGGCCCAUGUGAUAUUUUAGCGCCUCCCCAAGCGGGGCCCUCACUUUUGGCUUUAAGGGGAGGUGGAGCAACAAUUUUAGGCUUGUCAUCGAGGGCCCCACUAAGGAACAUAGAGAGGCCUCCCUUUUUAUUCUUUUUCUUGGAUGCUGUAGGUGGAGGGGUAGUAUUGUUUUGGGGAAUAUUGCCUUCAGCUGUCUUGUUAGGGGGAAAUGGAGAAACCCCAGUUUCUUGGAUUGGGAUGGCACUUUCAAUAUGUGUAGCUUUCUCCUGA